AUCUCAUUCACGUAACGGGAAUACCAUCAGAAACCCGCACCAACCCCCAAUGCGUCCCCCAAGGCCUCUGCAAUCUGCAGCAGGCCCUCAAUGCUGCUCACCGUGACGUUAGUCGUCCAUACUUCUCAAUUCUACCCGCCGCCACCGAGGAGAUUGCGAUUGAACAUACCGAUCAUGAGUGGAUGGCGAAUGACAUCCUCGCUUCAGUACCAACACUGUCGAAUCCAUUCUUGUUGGGUGCAUACAGGUACGCUUCCCUCCAUUUCUACAACUCGAUCCGGUUUGAUCGCGUCAUUGGCGUGGCGAAUGAGCCCAUCCUAGCCAUCGCAGAGAUCUCGGCGUUGGCGGAAUGGAAGAGGGAAAACGAGGAUUCAUCCAGACUAGACAGGUUUACUCUCUAUGACAUGGCGAAACGUAUCGAGAUGUCACUCUUGUGCCCCGAUUUUCUGGAGCGAUUCCAAACCACGAGCGAGGACUAUGGACCAGCUUAUCCCGUCUUCGUUAACAACGGUGGUUCUUGGGUUUCCUUGUCCUACUUCGUUGUCAAGAUAUCUGAGCUAUACAUGCUAGCAGCCCAUGUCUAUCUAGCGACGGUGGUGUCGGGUGCACCUCGUGCUUAUUCGGUAUUGUCCAAAGUCUACACAUUGGUUGACAAACUAUGCCGACACUUGAAUACUCAUUGGGAGGUUAUUGGAGAACACGAGCAAAAGCUUUUGAAGUUCCCGAUCUUCGUCGCCGCGUGUAUGGCAACUCCGGAACUUAUGCCACAAGUGGAGCAAUGCCUCUUAUUCUUGAGAAUCAACUCCUGCAGCGAAGCUACGGAGGUGAGUUGAGGAUGUUCCCAAGAGCAGAUCGCUCAUUGUCGUCUCCGUAUUCCAGAUAGCGGACCUCGCCUCGGUCCUAGGGAAUAUGCGCGAGACUCAUCCUAGGGUCGACGGAGCAGGUAGCCGGGAUAUCCCUCCCGUCACUUGGCGCGAUGCGUUCCUUAGAAACAUGCAGGGGCCUGGGAUCCCCGUUUGUAAUCUCCUUUGGAUAUGAGACUUAACAGAGCGCAGAAGCACGUAGUGCCUUCGAUCCCUGAAUCAUCCCCUCUCUCCCCUCAGAAACACAGCACCUCACCCCGUGUGGCUUCUUUCUUUCGUAAUUACUGUUCUUUUUCUUUCGGACUAUCUUUGUUGUGAUCUACCUUUCUUUGUGUCCUCUGACUGUGUGACUUCAGC